AAGAAGUUCAUACUGUCGACGAACCCGUGUCGAAUCGCCAAUGGGGUCCCGUCUUCAGGCGCACAAUGACAGGGCAUAUGAUCGACGUCGUCAUUUCACAGUACCCGAAUAUAGGGGUCAAGAGAAGGCGAUCGCGAUCGAUCGAUCGAUCAGCGUUCCGUUUCUGGAUCAGUGACCACCACGGCACUCCACGGUGUCCUAUAAAUACAACUAGUUCCGGAAGGGUUUGGUCAGUUGUAAGUGAAGUGCGGUGCUUGGACGACAUGAUCGUAAAGUGCGUUUCGGUAGUGCUGGUCCUGAUCGGAUCGGUUCAGAGUGGACUGACGUAUCCCUACGCGGACGGAUAUCCUUAUGGGACGGCGAUAGUGACGGAAUCGAAACUGUUGAAGGGGGCUUCCACUAGAGGAACCACCGAAGCUGGAAAAGAUUUGCGGAACUUCAGUCGCGAUCACGUGUUCGACGAAGGCGGCAAGAUCAAUUCGGCGAAUGAUGCUAUACGGUAUCAUGCGUUGGAUAAUGCAGUGAACGGACACAGGAUAGCCGAUGCUUCCAAGGGUGGUUCGCUGGAUAAGGUGAACCACUUGGCCGGGGAGAAUUUCGAGGCGGAUAAGUCGCACAACCGGAAGCAGGUGAAAUCGGGAUUCACAAAUUCUUAUCACAAGGAUGAAUCGGGUAGCAAGAGUUCUUUCUACGAAGAUUCGGAUGACCAUGGUGGCAAGCAGGUGUUUGAUAACCGGAAGAACUUGAGGAACAACUUCAACGAUCACCUGUACAAUAAAGAGUUGAGAAAUGAUCAACUUCGAGAUCGGUACGACGAUCGUUUUGGAGGACAUGAUCUUCGCGGGGUGCGUGAUUUUCAUCACCAGGCGGCUGCCGAUCGAGGCAAUCUCCACGACUACCGAGACGGAUUUCGGAACGAUCGUGAUCAUCACGUGAACGACUACGCCCAGGAGUUCUACCCGGUGCUGCCUCCGUUGGUUCCGGUGCGCAACUACGACGAGCUGUUUCAAAGGCGUACCUUCCACGAGCCAAGGCCGAUGUUCAAAACGGGCCCUUCGUCGCCGAUAACGGUGUACGAGGAUCCACGCGAGUACAUGUACGAUUAUCCGGCGCAUUCGGUUGGGGAUCGGUUCCUGCGGCGACGGUACGAUGACGAUUUGGCCGAGCGUACGCGGAUCAUUUUCAGACCAAGUCCGCUGAUGAACUAUCCGCAGCGGUACUAGAGUAUUGUGUUUGUAACUUUAUUUAUAUCUGUAUGUUAAACAUACGCUGAUACAGUGUUAAUUCAGAUAUCUUAUACAGUGAGACUAUAAUAAUCUUUUUAAAUGUUUAGAGGCGUGAAUAAUGCAGCUUGGAUUUUGUUCAAAGGCAUCUCAACAUAAUCACUAAACAUCGAUUCUUUGAACAGAAUAACAAUUUUGUUUCAACAAAUGACCUAGGUCAUCAUUUUGGGGAUUCUGAUAAACUGGGUUAAAAUAAAAACCACUAGUUUAUAGCUAAA